AUGGAGGCAAGUUCGAGUGGAUUCUCUGCCAUGGCACCACCUGUGUUCGAUGGGGAGAAUUAUCAAGCAUGGGCUGUGAAGAUGACAGCUUUUAUGGAAAGCUGUUAUUUGUGGGAAGCAGUGGAAGAAGACUACGAGGUGACUCCCCUUCCUAACAAUCCAACCAUGGCUCAGAUCGAGCUGCACAAGGAGAAGAAGACCAGAAAGGCAAAGGAAGAAUAUGAAGGAGAUGAGAAGAUCCGAGGUAUGAAAGUGUUAAAUUUGUUGAGAGAAUUUGAAAGGCUUCAGAUGGAAGAGAGAGAGACUGUGAAGGAGUUUGCUGAUAGGCUUGUGGAGAUUGCUAACAAGAUUAGAGUGUUAGAAACUGAUAUCAAGGAUGAUAGGCUGGUGCAAAAGAUUCUGGUUUCUGUACCAGAAAGGUUCGAGGCAACUAUUGCUUCAUUGGAGAAUACUAAGGAACUUUCUGACAUCAAACUUGCUAAAGUACUUAGUGCUUUGCAGGCUCAAGAGCAGGGAAGUAUUAUGAGAAGAAAAAGAAUUGCUGAACAAGGAAUGGUUGAAUGA